AUGCCCGCCCCAGCAAGCCCCCCAACCCCCUUGCGCCCACGCCUGCGCCCAUACCUGCGCCCAUCCCUGCGCCCAUCCCUGCGCCCAUCCCUGCGCCCAUCCCUGCGCCCAUCCCUGCGCCCAUCCCUGCACCCAUACCUGCGCCCAUCCCUGCGCCCAUCUCUGCGCCCAUCCCUGCGCCCAUCCCUGCGCCCAUCCCUGCGCCCAUCCCUGCGCCCAUCCCUGCGCCCAUCCCUGCGCCCACUCCAUACGCAGUGA